GGGUGCUAUACCGUUAGGCGGGUGCAAGGUCACGCAGUGUACCAUUCUGCUGUCUGCGCUCCUCAAACGCUGCAGCUGCCGUCGUCUUCUCUUCUCCACCACACACACCGUCGCACAGCCAUGGCGGACAGCGCAAGCGAGAGCGACACCGAUGGAGCGGGGAGCAGCUCCGCCACCCCGAUGUCGUCCUCCGCUUCAAAUUCGGGGAAACCGAGCAUAGUCAUUUCACAGUUUCGUUUGGAGGAACUGACCAACCGACUGGCCUCGUUACAGCAGGAGAAUAAAGUUCUUAAAAUUGAGCUGGAAACAUUUAAACUCAAGUGCAAAGCCCUGCAGGAGGAGAAUCGGGACCUCCGCAAAGCUAGCGUCACCAUUCAAGCGAGAGCCGAACAGGAGGAAGAAUUUAUCAGUAACACCUUGUUCAAGAAAAUCCAGGCUCUUCAGAAGGAGAAGGAAACCUUGGCAGUCAACUAUGAGAAGGAGGAAGAAUUCCUCACCAAUGAACUGUCAAGGAAACUCAUGCAACUCCAGCAUGAGAAGGCUGAGUUGGAGCAGCAUUUGGAGCAGGAGCAGGAGUUCCAGGUUAACAAGCUCAUGAAAAAGAUCAAGAAAAUGGAGAACGAAACCAUUUCAAAGCAGCUAACCCUGGAACAGUUGAGGCGGGAGAAGAUCGACCUUGAGAACACAUUAGAGCAGGAACAAGAAGCUUUGGUCAACCGACUGUGGAAGCGAAUGGACAAACUGGAGGCUGAGAAAAGAAUCCUUCAGGAGAAGCUGGACCAGCCUGUGUCGGCUCCACCAUCUCCAAGAGAUGUUUCCAUGGAAAUCGACUCACCAGAGAACAUGAUGCGGCAUAUCCGCUUCCUGAAGAAUGAGGUGGAGAGGCUUAAGAAGAGCUUGCGCACCACUGAGCUGCAGCAUACAGAGAAACGUGCCCAGUAUAUAGAGGAGGAGCGACACAUGAGGGAGGAGAACAUCCGGCUGCAGAGAAAGCUUCAGAGAGAAAUGGAGCGCAGGGAGGCCCUGUGUAGACAACUGUCGGAGAGUGAAUCCAGUCUGGAGAUGGAUGAUGAGAGACUUCCUUCUGUUUGUCUCUCAUAUGGCAGCCACACAGUUGGCUUCACUCCUCCAGCUACACUGUCCAGAGCUGCCAUUUCCCACUACAACACCCCCGCCCUGCACGUCCACGGAGGCUCCUCUCAUGCCGUAGCACGGCCUUCCCCAAGAAGAAGCACCAGCCCUGACAAAUUCAAACGUCCAACACCCCCACCCUCCCCCAACACACACUCAGGGGCCCAACAGGCUCAGCCUCCGCUACCCCCGCCAGCUCAACCCAUGGUCCAAUCCAUGUCCUCCCCGGCAGCCAUGUCACAGCACGCAUCAACAGCGCAGCAGCAGCAGCCUCCCUCCCAGCCUUAAAGCCACACACACAGUCUCUGUCUUUGCGCGUGAGCGCGCCCACUGAAUGCCACGAUGCUAAUGCAGCAGCUUCCAUCAUUACCAGCUCUGGAAGUGAAGUUUCUUACUCUGUACCAACUCAACAAAAGACGCAGCUUCAAAAGUUUUGGAGGGAAAAGAAACGAGAUAGCUACUCGCCUUCAGUGAGGCUAUCUGCCUGCCAAAUCUUCAUGUGGCGUUACUUAACUUCUCUUAAAAGGAAUGGAUAAUUGAAAAAUAAUCACUUCUGGGAUUUGUAGGAUAAUUAUCUGUUCCACCUUUUGUCUUGUACAUGUUUUUUUUUCUUUGCUUGGGACUUUAGCUGGUUGGAAUUGUUGUUGUGGCGCUUCUAAGAUAGCACAAACAGCACAUACAGUAUGUUUCAUGGUUAUGUUUUACGAUAGGUUGGAUGUUUCGAUCGAUCGAUGGAUGGAUGUAUGGCUAGAGAGUUGGAUGGCUAAAUAGAUGGAUGUGGUCAAUUAUUUUCAUGCCUAUAAUAUGACACUUGAUUGCAGUAAUGUCCUCCACUCCAGAUCACCCUCUGUCAUUAAAGCAGUGUAAAACAGUUUACCACAACCCCAAGUUUAACGUGGCUUUGAUUAGGUCAACAAAACGGUGUCAUAGAAGAGUGCUAGGAGUCUCUCCAUUAUAAUAGGGCAUUGAUCAAACGGUGCUUGCAGCACAGGUAUUUUAGUUUUGUGUAAGCAUUCAAAGAUCUGCUGCUCCUAUGUUAAAAUGAAAAGGAAAAAAAGCAUCAACGAGGAUGGACACAUAAACCACAGAUAAAUGUCGCCUUUUGAGGUGUUUGAAAAUAUAAUCUGAGGUGUUACAACUUAGUCAUGUACUCAGUCUCUUCUCUGAUCUUCUCUCUCUGGUGUAUUUCUGAAAGCUUCUGUCAUCCUUAUGGAUAUUCCCAUCAGAAAAAAAAACAAUGCUCUUUACACUAAAUAUACAUACUGCGAAAACAUUCUAAAUGAAUGGUACUGUUGAACUAAAUUUCUAUGUAUGAUUAAAGCUCUUGAGAUGACAACUUCUGUUUUAAUUGUGAAUUUUAUGAAUAUCGUUUGAUACUCAGUUGUAAUGUAAUAACUGUGGGUGUAAAACUGAUAAGCAAACCUGGAAGACAAUCUUUUUUUCUUUUUCUUUUCUUUUUCACUUUCACACCUGCGAUUUGAUGCACUUGCUUAAUUUAACAAAACAUUUCAACAGGCUCAAAAAUGCAUCAUCUUUUUGUGUAUUUAACUUCACUGGAAUGUUUCACUGUGGUAGUUAUGAGAGUCUGACAAAUCUCUGAAGUAGUUGAUGGAAAAUGUUUGUGCCUUAAAUAAACUGCACCAACAAAGCUCA